AUGGAGGCAGCAAUCCGCUGGUCGCCGUCGUCGACCACCACGGAACAACGCUUCCUUUUAGCAGACGUGACAGGCAAAACCUUCCGCCUAUGCAAAGUCACGGCCUUCGACGGCAAAAACAUCGAGCAUGAAGUGCUAUCAACCCAUACUAAAGUCCCCUCCUUCCGCGCUUUCGACUGGUCCCCCAUGGACGAGUCGCUAGUCGCCGUCGGGCAGUCAUCGGGCGACGCGACCAUCCUGCGCAUGGGCAUGGGCGGCGAGUCUAGUUCUGAGUCUCAGGAGACGUUUUCGUUCCCGAUUCGCAGUCAGCGAUACUGUAAUGCUGUUGCGUUCAGCUCGCAUGGAUUGCUGGCAGCGGGUUUGGAUCGCGUGAGGAAUGACUUUUGUUUAAAUAUUUGGGAUGUUAAUCAGCGGCUGGCGAUGAGAGGGACGAAGGGGUUUGCGGAGCCGUUGAGGAAGUUGGCGAGUUCGGAGCCGAUUACUAGUAUUAAGUUUUUUCGGGAUCAGCCUGAUACGCUUGUGGCGGGUGUCAAGGGACAGUUUGUGAGGAUUUAUGAUUUGAGAGAGGGCCCGGGGAAUCCGUCUUUGCAGUUCCCAACUCGCUGUGUACAUAAUCUGGCCAUAAACUGGCUUGAUGAGAAUUACAUCGCGUCUUGCUCGUCAGGCAGUGACGCUACUGUCUGUGUCUGGGAUCGCCGUGUAGGCUCGCACUAUACCGCAUCGGCCAUAGGCCCAGGUACUGCCCUGGAAACUGGUCAGAAUGAUCACGCUCUCGAGUUCAAGAACGUCCUGGCACCAAAGUCGAGCAUCUGGAGUUUGCGCUUCUCUCGGACGAAACGUGGCUGCUUAAGUGUUCUUUCAAAUACCGGGCAUCUCAAAACUUACGACAUCGCCAAGGACUAUCUGCCUGAAGAAUAUCGUUCUUCCAUAGAUGAGACACUUGGUCAGGGUUCUUUAAAGAAUUAUCCAGAGAAGGUCUACACCAGACACGUGCGCGAUGUCUGCAGUCCGUUUAAUCAUCCUUCACGGGGUUGCAAGGAGUCUGAACGGGUAGUGUCGUUUGAUUCGCUGAACAUGAGCGCUUCGAACGAACCGAGUGCCAUAACGCUUGCUGGGAACGGUAAGGUUCAAAUCAUUACGCUACAACCACCAGCUCCGCCAGUGCGUUUAUCAUCUCAAGGAGUUUUGGUGCGCGGAGAACCCAAUGGCGAGUCAGACUUCAAGACAAUAGGCCCUUCAUCACAUUCAGACCUACCCAUCUCAGAAGUUGUCCAGAAAAUCCGCGAGCGUGUUCUGCCUAACUUAGAGGAAGAUAAAGAUGGACUGAGGAGUCGACGAGCAAGCGCAGAAGAUGAAUUUUCAGGACAUCUCUCAACUCGCGAAUCUCGAGAGCGUGACUUGUUGGCUUUUGGCACAUUAGGGGAGCAAUUGACAGCCGAAGAGGCUUUGACGUUGUUGACUGUUCAUAGGCGCCGGUGCAAAGAAGGGUAUCUCUUUGAUGGUGGCAAGAACAAACAGAUAUUGGCGGAUGAUCUCUACUUACAGGACUUCUGGGAGUGGAUGGAGCGUGCACGUUUAGACUCGGCUGGCCAGUCGAUGAUUUUGCAUGGAUUGGACCUUAAUUAUCUGGGCAUUAACAAUGUCUGGGAUAAUGACUUGGGAGAAAGUCAUCGGAGCCGGCAAAUCGGCACCACCGCUCAGCUUCCAAUCCGUGAAGCUAUCAACAUUCUGGUCCGUGACCGACUAAAUCUACCCGAGACGAAAAUCUGCGAAACAAACCAUCCCGAGCACCGCCGGCUCUGCCUUCGACUUUGCGGCGCAUCACUAUCAUACCGUGCGCUGGAAGAACUGGUCAAGACAUUAUCAGCUGAAAACCAACACACAAAAGCGGCCGCGCUGGCCAUAUUUCAAGAAGAGCCCAAGCUGGCUUAUCUAGCAUUACGAAGCCAUGAACCAACCCAGGCUCACAAACUGCUCGCCAUGGCUAUCGCCGGUGCCAGCAGAAAUGAGGCAGACACGGAUUGGGAGGAGACGUGCGCGGAGAUCGCAAAGGAACUUACUGACCCAUAUGCUCGGGCUAUCCUGGCACUGGUAAGUAAGGGUGAUUGGAGUUCGGUGAUCCAGGAGACCACACUACCUCUAAAAUACCGCAUCGAGGUUGCUUUGCGAUGGCUUCCCGAUGGCGAUCUUACCGCAUAUCUGGAGCGGUUGACGAGUUCAGUGAUUCGUCGGGGUAAUAUUGAAGGAAUCAUCCUCACGGGCCUUAGUCAUCCAGCAUUGGACCUAUUCCAAUCCUACAUCAAUAAGUUCAACGACGUCCAAACCCCAGUCUUAGCCAUGAGUCACACCGUCCCCCGCUUCAUCAACAAUGAACCCUUCAAAACCCGUUUCGAAGCCUGGCGCGAAACCUUCCGCUGGCAAAUGAACUCCUGGAAACUUCAGCUCGAACGCGCACGGUUCGACGUCGGAUCCCGCAAAUUCGCCGUCACCUGGGACGGCCGACGAUUAGUCGACCCCCCACGCCAACAAGUCAGCUUGACGUGCAACUACUGCACGAAACCGCUCACCCAACACGAUCCCUCCUCACAAACAUCACCCUCCGCUGGUAAUGAAGUCGUGCACCCAACCAUCGGCAACCCACUAGGCACAGCAGCGAUGACGGGUAUGAUAUGCCCACGCUGUGGCCGGCAUAUGCCUCGUUGCGGGGUAUGCAGUUUCUGGCUAGGCGCCCCGGAUCCGAUGUCAAAGGCUAGUAUUGCCGCCGAUGCGGCUGCAGCUCAGGAACGCAAGCCUACAGAGGACGAAUUGGUAAGGAGGUUUAUUGUGUUUUGUAUUAACUGCAAUCAUGGGUUCCAUGCGCAUCAUGCGAGGGAAUGGUUUAUGAAGCACAAGGUUUGUCCUGUUGCGGAGUGUAAUUGUAUUUGUGAUCGAUAG